AUUCACCACUGGGUUGUGGGGAGAUGUGACAGCGGAUUUGACAGUCUGUGUGAAAUUUUUGUCUGUGCAUAGACUUUUUUAAUGGCUAAUUUAAAUUUAGUGAAUUUCUGGAGAUAUUUGAGCGGUGUGUAGUGCGUGUUUGGGUCAAUUGUGCACAAUGCCUCGUGGUCCUGCAUGCAAGGAAGCCUAGUGGGAAUGUCCCGAGGUGCUAAGAAGGCGUAAAUAGUGCGAGAGAAGAAAAACAGGGAGAGAGAUUUUUCUAAGUGUUGCGUGUGUGUCAACUUGUGCGAAUCCCUUCUCCCCAUAUUUCUUUUUCUUCUUUCUCCCGUGGAAAAAGUCCAUUUUUUCCACAAGAAAAACUUGUGAGAUAUUCCUUGGGUGUUUUCUGGGGUGGAAAAUCUUGAUGUAUUGGUGUGGUGAAGUGGGGAGCAUUGUGUCGAAAUGGCUGUGCAAUUGGAUCAGAAUGGGAAGGAUGAUCUAAAGACUCAAUUUGUCACACGGGAAGGCACAUACCGUUUGAUGCUUGGAGAGUACUCCCGGCCAAAUCGUGUGGGAUACACCAGCAAUCAGAGUUCACCGCAGGUCCGGGUGUCCAUUGUGGCAUUGCCCACACACCUGGCUCUGCCACAAUCUACUCCGACGCCCCAGCCAACCGCCCAGGCCACCAAUUUAGCUACCACCAAUGGACAGGAGGCGUCCGGGUAUGCACUAGCUGCCGCCGGCGGUGACCGGAUAUGCUAUAACUUUGGGAAGGAACUCUUCGUCUACGCCUAUCGUGGCGUCAAGAAGCAAACGGCAGAUCUGAGUAAGCCGAUUGAUAAGAAACUGUACAAGGGAACCAAUCCCAGUUGCCAUGAUUUUAAUGCAACAAAUGCUACAAUGGAAGGCGCUCCUCUUCUUGUUGGAUUCACCACGGGACAAAUACAGCUGGUUCAGCCGGGUCGUCGUGAACCUGGGAAAUUGUACAAUGAGGAGCGCUUAAUUGAUAAGACAAAAGUGACGUGCCUCAAGUGGCUACCAUCAUCUCCAAAUCUGUUCCUGGCCGCCCAUGCAUCUGGGCAUUUGUAUUUGUACAACGAGGAGUUGCCCUGUACACCAACAGCUCCCAACUAUCAGCAAUUUAAGUUGGGGGAGGGUUUUGUCAUCUACACUUGCAAAUCCAAGUCGACGCGCAAUCCCCUGUAUAAGUGGUCCUUUGGCACAGACAAUGGCAGCAUCAAUGAGUUUAGUUUUUCACCGUGUGGCAGCAAUUUGGCCAUUGUGUCUCAGGAUGGUUUCCUGCGGGUCUUCCACUAUGACACAAUGGAAUUGUUGGGUAUUGCUAGGUCGUACUUUGGUGGAUUCCUUUGUGUCUGCUGGAGUCCCGAUGGGAAGUACAUUGUUGUGGGUGGGGAGGAUGAUCUCGUGACGGUGUGGUCGAUGCAGGAGAGAAGAGUAGUGGCACGGGGUCAGGGACAUCGAUCGUGGGUGUCUGUUGUGGCUUUUGAUCCCUACACCACGUCUUAUUCGCAUUGGGACGGACCUGAUUUCUCGGACGAUGAGAAUCCAAUCAAUGAUGGAGGCUUCAGGAACUUCAGUGGAAGUGAGGGGGUGCAUGAGGGUGAGAGUGGACGUAGACCACCUUCGAGUACAAUGAGAGAUGGUCUGAGUGCAGACAAAAUGGCCACGAGCUAUAGGUUGGGAUCUGUGAGUCAGGAUACGCAACUGUGUCUGUGGGACAUCACUGAGGAUGUCUUGAGGCAGCCGGUGGGUAUUAGACAUCGAUUGAGUUCGCAUGAUCCACAGCAGAAUCUCGUGAAUGGUGAGGUGGAGCGAAAGGGUGGUGCCUCAUCAUCAGCUUCCGGAUCAUCAGUAUCAUCAACCAGUGCUGCCCUGUCGACAGUUUCGAGUGGAGCAUCGCGGGAUGUGGACAAUUCGCGGUCAUCGGGAGGUAGGAAUGUCAACAAUUGUGUGACAAGUGAAGGGGGUGCCCCUGUGGGGCCAACGAACAGUGAUAGUAAACAUUGGAACAGUGUGAGUGGUGGGAAGACUGGGAAGGGUGUAAGUGUGAUUGGGAAUUGUGUGGGCAAUAGUGUUAAGUCAGUGGAUUCACCAGAUGCCAAGAAUGGUAGUGGGAAGUCUUCAGAUGGCAUUUCGGCAUUCAAUACCCUCACGCAGAGACUCAGCCAUUUGGGUUUUGGCGGUGACAAAGGCAAAUCAUCACCCAAUGAUCAUUCAACGGGUGGUGGUCAUCAUCACAGCAAGAAAACCUUUAGUCUGUCCAAGUCCAGUGGAAAUCAUCAUUUUUUGCACAAUAACAAUAGCGCCAGCAAUCCCGGAGACUCAGCUACAAUAGCCACGAGCGGGAAGAAUCGCAGUGGCACGACGAAUGUUCAGACAGUGGCCACAAAUGGCAAUGGAACGGCUGAUGGGGAUGGUAGCAGCGGUGGCAGUAGUGUUGUGGCCACGUAUGAUCCCAUGAAGUUGAUUGGGACGUCAGCGUGUCCGAGAUUCGAUGAGUGCCCUGUGCUAGAGCCACUCGUGUGCAAGAAAAUCGCCCAUGAAAGACUGACGGCGCUCGUUUUCCGGGAGGACUGCUUCCUCACUGCGUGCCAGGAUGGAAUUAUCUAUACGUGGGCCAGACCGGGAUUUUCGAACGUUCCACAACAUGCGACUUCGAGUCCGACUGCACCUCCUGGAGGGACAGUAGUUUAAUAGUUUCACAGAAUCUGGAUAAUCUCUGGACGGAGUGUUCAAAUAAAAUGGGCCUAUGAAUAAAAUUCUCAUGCAAUUGGAAUGCAAGUAGUGGAUGGAAACGUUUAACUUAAAAAAAAAAAGAAUGGUGAAGCAGGAAAAAUUCUGUGUCUUCUGGAGGAUGAGCAAAAAAAAAAUAAGGUAAAGGUGAAAGAGCAGUAAAAUUAAAAUAUAAGAUUUGUCAAGUGAAACUGAUUUAUUUAUAGGAAAAUAUGAAUGAAAAAGAAAAAAAUCUUUUAAAAGUAUAAUGAAAAAAAAAUCAUGAAAAAAAUUAGUAGCAAAAAUUUUACACACCAAAGAUAACAAAUCUUGUAAUUAACUAAUUGAAAAGAAAGUUUUAAGAGAAAGAGAGAGAGAAUUGUAUGUAAAGUGCGUGCAUGAAAACAUAUUUAAUUUUACAAAUAAUUUAUAUUUUUAAGAAAUCUUAUUUCCUUUUAAGUGUACAUUAUUUUUUCUCAUGUUAGUUUAGGGUGAAAAAAAAGAGAGAGAAAAAAUGGUAAGAACUUUUUCGAGAAAGAAUUGUGAAUAUUUCUUAAGCUUCAUUUAUUUUUAGUUUGUUUUUCUUUUUUUUUUAAGGAAUAUAUCACAGAAUAUUCUUAAGGAGUAUAUAUUCCUUAACAUUUCCACAUAGAGGCGUUCUAGAUUAUUAUAAUUAUUUUUCAAUAGCCACAAACUUGCGAUCAAAUUCUCUUGACUUGAUAAAUUAUUUUAUUGAGACAUUUAUUAUUAAGAAAUUAACUUUUAUUUAACUGUGAUUUAUUCUUACUUGCUGUUUUUUUUUUGCAAAGUGCACUCUUCUAUUCCUUUUUUUCUUCGAGCUGAAUCUUCAAAGUUGCGUAGUUUUUUUUUCCAAAAAUAAAAAAAAAACUAGAAAACAAAAAUCUGUCCAUCAAUGAAUAAAAAUUCUGUACAAUUAAUGAAGAGUUCUUUCUUGUAACAUUCCGAAACACUAAAAUAUAGAAUGAAAAAAAUAAUUGAAAUAAUAGAAUGAAAUAAUAAUAAAAAAGAAAACUAAGAAAAAACACAAGUCUUCUCUCACCAGAAAAAAAAGAUGAAGAAUAUUUUUUAGGGAAAAAUAAGCAAAAUGUGGAGUGCGGAGAAACUGAACUAUAUUUUGAAUAAAUUAGCAAUUUUAAUGUUGUUACGUAACUGUUGAUUAAGACAAUUUAUUUGAAUGAGCCUCAUUGUCUUAUUUUAACAUGUUUAUGAUGAUUAUUUUAAUAUGUGAGGUUGUGUUGAUUCUAACCUUAAAAAAUAUCACCAACUUCAGUGAGAUUUCUUUUUUAUGUUUUUUUUUAACGAAUAUUAUGACUUUUAGAAAGAAACAAUUGAAAAAUUUUAAGAUUUUACCGAUAUUUUUUUAAACAAUUAUAUUUUUCACAAUUAAAAAUGCGUCUUUUCCAUGUUUACAUUCAUUCUAACCUCUGGAGCCAACAGAUUAUUUUGCUAAAUAAAUUUAUUAAUGACAUGGCAAAGAAAUAAAUAAGAUAAAGCUUUUUGGGGGUUCAGGUAAUCACUUCACUUCGCCUUUACAUUUACCGGAUCACAAUCAAUCUCAACCGAUUCGGAUUUAUCCGGGAUUCCAAAACCUUUUAUUAUCACGAGGGAAAACCUCGUUCUUAUGAGUGCUAGUUUUUCGUGAAUAUUUUUCUCUUUAUGUUUCCUCUGAUUCACAACUGAUUUGUAUCAUUUAAGAUGUUUUCCGAUAAAAAUUAUCGUUCCAUAAUCGGUAAAUAAAGUCAUCAAGUUUAUAGUAGAGUAACCGAUUAGAACCGAUUUCUAAAAAGUUGAAGAGAUCACUUAGCAUAGGAGGAUACAAUUGAAUUUCUGUUAAAAUUUUUUAUUGGUAUAUAACCCAUUUGUUUCCAGUGGAUAAUCCAUUGAAAUCCGUUCAGAACGAUAAAGAAUUCCAAGACCUUUCAAAUAAGCCCAAAUUUGACGCAUUUGGUUGCAAAAUACGCUUUCUAGAGUCUUUUUAUCUCUUGACCUUAAAAAAAACCUUAUUGGGAAUAAUUCAAGGACAUUUUUUCAUAUAUGAUUGAAAUGUUUUUUUGUAAGAUUACUCAAAAAGCAUGCUUUUAGAGGGGAAAAUGGGAGAAAUUUCGAACGUUAUUCUUUAUAGAUCCGGCACUUAUUUUAGACCGCCAAAAUUUCAAGAAAUCAAAAUCCACGUUCCUUUAUUUUUUAAGAGAUUUGCACAAGUCUAUUCCACUCUUUUGAACUCAAAAUUGGACUGAACCAUAUUUAAUUUGGUGUGAUGUUCACAAGAAAAACGAGAAUGCAGACAACUAAGAACGAGAUAUCUUCAAAGCUUUUAAGAUAGAGUGGGAUGUGAAUUUUGAUUUAAUGAAAUUUUCCUGAUCUAAAAGGUGUGCUGCGGUCAUUACCUCCAAAAUUUAACUCCUAGUCGAAUUUUCAAGUAUUUUGAGUAGAAAGCAUCCCGAGUUACAAGCACUUCGAGGUACCUUAUAAAGAUUCACAGCUACCAUAAGCUAAUCUGGGCUUAUCACUGAGAUAAUAUUUAAAAUUUUAUAAUCCUGUUUCAGCUUGUAGGAGAUGUGAUUCUUUCGUUAGAAAUUUUAUUUAUGAAUCAGUUUUGAGUGAAGUGAUAGUUCUGUCUUGUACAAUACAGUAGAGUUCCUCAAAUUUGAACAUUUGGGGGGUAUAGAUGACAUUUCUCACUCCUCAAAUUUGAACAAUAUUUUCAAAAACGUAACGGAAUUCAUCUAAAAUUCACUUUUCGUAAAUUUAGGAAAAUAACUUUAGCGAAUUUUAUUAAUUGAAUUUGUUGUUAAAUAGGUGGAAUUUGUUGAGGAAAUUAAUAUAAUACGACAAUAUUGAGGAAACACCAGAGAAAAAUAGUUCUAAAUCAGACUCCAUGCAAAAUUACUUUUACAUAACCUUGUAUUUUACAUUUUGAAUGCAACUGUCGUUCAAUUUAGAGGAGUUCAAAUUUGAGGAACUCGACUGUAUUAUGUAGAUAUUCGAGUAUUAACCUCUGAAAAAUGUUUGCUAGCAAGAAUUAUAGCUUAAACUAGAAAGACGUAUAACGUACUAUUUAAAAAUCUCUGAAAAUUUUUACCAUUUCUUCAAAAGAAAUUUCUCUAAUGUGUUAACACCAUAAGAUUAAUAGGUGAUUAUCGUGACAAGAAAAAAUCUAUUGAGAGCGGAGGGAGAGGCUAUCAAAGACCAAUUUUUAUCGCUCACUUAAUUUAAAGUAUUUACAGUGAAUUAUUUAAAAAUCUUAUUUCCAUUGUGUUUAAAUCUAAGAAAAGAAUUUGUCACUCUGAAUUAAAAUCAGGAAUGAAAAUAAAGGAAAAUUUUGUCAAAAUAAAUGUGAUGUCAAACUUUUAGUGCGUUGAUUUCUAGACAUCCUGGGAAUAAAUUUUUUAUUACAUGGAGCUCAGAUAAGCCUUUGCCAUCGACAUAUUUUCAAGUUUGGUGGAGGUCUCAAGUAAACUUACAAUAAACUCAAAGAUAAAAAUACAAAUAAAAUACAAAUGUGUUCAUUUCUAGAACACAUUAAUACAAAGAUGAAAAAUGCUCAGAUUCCAAUUUUGUUUUAAAAGGCUUCCAAUUAUUUAAAUUCAAAGAUUUACAAAUGUGUUCUAUUCAAACAUUUUGGGGCUAGAAAUUAAUGCAUUUUAAAAGGGCAAAAAAACAAACGAGCAGUAAAAAAUUCAAAAGGGUCAGUAAAAAAAUUAAAAAUGAGCAGUAAAAUAUUUAAUUAUGGUCAGUAAAAAAUUUAAAUCUUUACAAAAAUGGGUCAAAUUCUAAUUUAUAUAUUUAACGUUUAAAAUUGUUGCAGAUAGAAUGAAAAGCUCUUUAUUUUCCCUUUGCCAAAAUUUGGCAAAGGGACACUGUUUCAAAUUUUUUUGUUACUGCUCAAUUUUAACUUUUUACUGCUAAUUUAUACAAUGCCUUUUAAAAGUACAAAAACUUAAUUUGAAUUAUUAUGUGGACGUGUGGACGUGUAUCUCUAAACACGUUUGGUCAGAGGUUCUGGUCCUGGGAAGGAGACUAUUGUCUCGAAAGAGCGGGAAUUUUGCCAAAGCAGAGCCUUUGUUGCUUAUGGCGGGUUUUAUUGCUUCUACAGGUGUAUUAAAAUAAUCGUUUUACCUUAGACGGCUAUAUAACACAAAUUUGAUCUUCGGCAAAAUCUUCAGGAUUUUUUGUCCAAAAUAUGUUUUGAUUUAUAGGUUAAUCUCAACAUAACCUCAUAUUUUAGAUUAACCAUUUCGCCAAAUAAGAGAAUGAGCGCAAAAAAUGAACAAUCUGAGAGAUGAAACAGAAAGCAAAAAUAAACUUAAAAGUAACACAAAUUAAUAAUUAAUAAAAAAUUUGAUUUUCCAUUUAUACAAAAGCCAAUGUAAAAGGAAACAACAGUCGAAGAUUUUUUUUAGGUGGAAGAAAUGAUUAAUGAAGAAAAAACAGAAAUUUAAAAAAAUAAUAAAAAAUAGAUAAAAAUAUAAACUGUAAAACUUAUAGUAAUAACACAUUAAAUAGAAUAUUUGAAAGUUUUUUAAUUUUAAUAGAUUUAUUGAUGAAAUAUUGAGAACAAGGGGCAGAUUAAAAUGAAAGUUAAAAAAAAAUACACAAAAAA